UGGCUGGUCAGGCUGCAUCUAUUGGAUGUAAAUCAGAUGAAUCGUUUGCUGUUUCCCCUCCUCGGCUGGAUAAACACGCAGAUACUUUGGACUCAUUAAAAUCCCCUUUGCCCUUACGUUUUUUCCCCUGCCAGAAUGCAUCAGGACAUGCUCAAUUACUGUGAUGUUCCUGAAAAACAGAUCUAGAAAGGAGUGUGACCAACAGAGGCUGCUCCUUUUAAGAAGACAUGUACCAAGUUAUGGAAAAUUUUAUAUAAGGAAGACUGUUGUGCAGUAUUUUCUGUUCUAGCCAGCUGCUGUGUACUCAGUUCCAGCCUGCAGCAGCUCAGCAUCUUGCAGAAUUGAGCCCUAAUUGCCUAGCUAUCUGGAAUAUGCAGCAAGAAUAACAGUAAUGUCUUGGCUGACAUAAAAGAAACUGUCUGAGCAGGAGUAAAGGACAAUAAAAGCACCUGGGAGCAGAGAUGGAUAAGAUACUGGAAGCUGUGGUGAUGUCUUCAUAUCCCAACAACGUGAAGCAGGGGCUUGUGAGGCGCGUCAUUGAGGCAGCAAAGCAGCCCAUGGACAGUGAGCAAUGCUGGUCCAUGCUUGAGCUGUCAACCAAGCUUUAUCUUACUGGGGACACCAAGUAUAAAAGAGAGAUUGGGAAAGAGGUUUUGGAGGUCUACGGCCACUACCACCCGGAGGAAUUUGAGGAGUUCUUCAAUGUCCGCUUCCUACUGAGUCUCCUCCAGGAAGGCUAUGGGCCUCUGGGAAAAAGAAGCCAUUAUGUACUAGAUUAUAUCCAGUUAGGACUGCAGUUUGUCUUGGAAAGCCCAUCAGCAAAUAGCAUUUUCAACUUACUGAGGAUUGAAGUGCUCCGCAAAGUCUGUGAGAGGCCUAGCCCCAAGCAGUGUGCUAAAAUCAGUAAACUCUUAACCCAGCAUCCUCAGUGCAUUCCCACAGGUAAACAUCAGAUCUUGUUUUGUCAGCAGCUGAUACGGUGCAUCGGGCAGUUCCAGUGCAUCUCUGAAGGGGAAGAGGACAUAAUGGAGUUUUUGGAGCAGGUAAACAAAGUGAGCGGUCUGCUGCAAAGGAUCUGGAGGACUCAGACUUCAGCCAUCCUGCCCUCUUUGAAGGAGCUGUUCACUAUCAUUUCAUCUACAGAGGAGCAGGAAACACCAUCAAAUGCCUUGGCCAGCGUGGUCCAGUUUGUCCCUCUGGAGCUUAUGGAUGGUGUCAUAAGAAACCUAACCAAUGAUGACAGCAUCACUGAUGUGCAAAUGAUGACAGCCAUCAGUAGGAUGAUUGACUGGGUGUCCUGGCCCCUGGGAAAGAACAUAGACAAGUGGAUCAUUGCUCUGCUGAAGGGUUUGGCUGCAGUGAAAAAGUUCAGCAUCUUGAUCGAAGUCACUCUAUCAAAAAUUGAAAAGGUCUUCUCCAAGUUACUGUACCCCAUUGUGAGAGAAGGGGCUCUGUCUGUCCUGCAGUACAUGCUGCUGAGUUUCCAGCAUUCCCACGAAGCGUUCCACUUGCUGCUCCCUCACAUUCCCAGGUUGGUGGCUUCUCUGAAGAAGGAAGACUCCAACUCUGCCACCAGCUCCCUGGAGCAGCUGGCUGAGCUCAUCCACUGCAUGUUCUUCCGCUUCUCAGGAUUUCCAGAUCUCUACGAACCAGUCCUAGAAGCAGUUAAAACUCUUCCGAUUCCAAACGAAGACCGAAUUAAGCAUCUCUUGGGACAGAACGCUUGGACCUCCCAGAAGAAUGAGCUGGCCUGCUUCUACCCACGCCUGGCUUCCAAAUCUGAGACAGGGAAGAUUGGGUUAAUUAACUUGGGAAACACCUGCUACAUGAACAGCAUCAUACAAAGUCUUUUCAUGGCUUCAGACUUUAGGCAUUCGGUGUUGAAUUUAACAGAGGGCAACUCCCAGCCCCUGAUGACAAAGCUCCAGUGGCUCUUUGCGUUUUUGGAGCACAGUCAGCGACCUGCCAUCUCACCUGAAAGUUUCCUCUCUGCCUCUUGGCCACCUUGGUUUACUCCUGGUGCUCAGCAGGAUUGCUCAGAGUAUCUGAAGUACUUGCUGGACCGAUUACAUGAAGAAGAAAAAACUGGAAAAAGGAUCUACCAGAAACUCAAAGAAUCCAGCUUGAUGUCUCAGGCCAUUGAACAGCAUUAUUUAAACAAGACAUUAAUUGAGAAGAUGUUUGGGGGUAAAAUGAUGACAAAAAUCCGCUGCUUGAAGUGUCUGAAUGUCUCCUCUCGAGAAGAAGUCUUCACAGACCUGUCUCUGGCUUUCCCUCCACCAGACAGGCAUGUGCUUAGCACAGGGAGUGCAUCUGUUUUACCAGUGGAAGAAAUCGGUCCACAAUUUAUUGAGCCUCCUGGAAACCCAAGCCAGAUAAUGGGAUCUCCCAGGAUCCAGAGGAAGCCUCAUGUGUCUGGAGACCAUGCAGCCCAGCUGGUGCCAGUAGAAACACUGGGUUUCCAGGAGCCAGGAGACCAGGCAACUCCUUUAAGCAAUGAUGCUGUUGGCAUGGAUUCAGCCAAAGACCCUCUCUUGGCUUUUGGGGAGCAGACGUGCAGUCCCAAAGACUCCAGAUCUGUUCCAGAUUUAAUCAAUUAUUUCCUGUCCCCAGAGAGACUGACAGCAGAGAAUAAAUAUCAUUGUGAGAAAUGUGCUUCCUUACAGGAUGCUGAGAAAGUGGCUGAGCUGACGGAGGGACCACACUAUCUCAUCCUCACCCUGCUGCGGUUCUCCUUUGACCCAAGGACCAUGAAGAGGAAGAAGAUCUUGGAUAACGUCUCCAUUCCCUUGGUACUGAAGCUGCCUGUUCUUGUUACCCCAGAAGAAAGCGAGGAUGUUUGCCAGCGCAGGAAAGAGAGAGCUGCACUGGGCAGCAGUUUUGUGUCUGUCGUGUAUGACCUCUGUAGUGUGGUGGUGCACUCAGGGAUCUCUUCCGAGAGUGGCCAUUAUUAUUGCUACUCUAGAGAGUGCAAUGACACCAUUGCCUGUGGGCAGCCCCGGGAUGGUGCACCAAAACUUACUUCUGACAAGCAGUUGGACUUUGAAAUCCAGUGGUACCUCUUCAAUGACACUAGGGUUUCUUUCUCCUCCUUCGAAUCAGUCAGCAAUGUGACCUCUUUUUUCCCCAAAGACACUGCCUACGUGCUCUUCUACAGGCAGCGGCCGGGCAGGCAGAGCUGCCUGGUGCACGAGACUGAGGCCGAGACCAGCCGUCCACACGGUGAACCCUCCCUCAAUAAGGACUUGAUGGAAGCCAUUUCCAAAGAUAACAUCCUCUUCUUGCAGGAACAGGAAAAAGAAGCAAGGAACAGAGCUGCCUACAUUUCCGCCUUGCCGAAAUCUCCUCUGUGGUGGAGAGACUUUGACAGGGACAAGGAUGACGACAGCUCAUCAGGGGGCUGCAGCCCCGCUGCUGGGGGAGGAGGAUCCGGCUCAUUUCAUGGACUUGUCUUCUAGGGAUCGGGUUAAAUCAAACAUUCUUGUCCAUGUGUCUAACCCAGCCACUGGGCCAACCUGAAGCCAGAGGCUUCUCUUUCUGAUACCGGUGAUAGCAAGUGUCUCAGAGAAGGAUUUGGCCUUGAAUGAUUCAAUGAAAAAGGACUCAUGGGCUAAUUCAGAGACUAUGUGAUUGGCUGGAGCUGAAUGCUGGCACCUGGAGGGUCCUACUGCUUUCUAUGCACUUGAUCUUAACGCCUUAAAGUAAUACUAGUAGCUAAGCACCUAUGGAGAUGAGCAGCUGAUGACAGCUCGGAGAAGUGCCCUUUUGCUUAAGCGUAGCCUUGUCUUGCCUGCUGCCAACCAUGCCACCAGCCUGGCGAGAGGACAGGGAUGGACCCAGAGUAGCUCCGGGGUUUGAGACCUUCCAUGCACACCCCAUCUGCAGCCCAGGCAUUCCUACAGCGCCGACUCAGUUUUGGGGUGCCUCUGCUUGAUUUUUUUUAAAUAUGUUUUUGAGAAACCAUGGGAAGACAACGUAAAGGAGCUGCAUUUUCUAAAAGAAGCUCAGCAGCCAGCGUGGCAGAGCAGGUUUGCCUGGGGGAGCGAGCCCACGAGCCUGCUUUGAUCAGAGCAAGCGUGAGCAAGUCAACUAGAGGGGCUUUGUGCAGCGUUGCCAGUGCAGCACUGCAAACCUCCGGAAAGAGGCUGGGGGGCCCAAACUCCUCAAGCCAAAAGAGACUGACCUUCAUCUCGUUGGGCUUUUUGUGCUUUAUCAAGCCCCUGUUGUGUUACCCGUUUCCUACAGUGACCUCGCCAGAUUCUUUGGAUGCUAUUAAUGUACAAGACGGCCCUGGACACACAGCCCUUUGUCCAGGCAUGUCUUUAGGACUUGAUUACCCUUUUUCUGCUACUGUCAUUUCUGGGUUUCUGGGCCAGAUCUGUCAUUCAGAAAUUGGGCUUUCUUUUGGGGUACCUUGAGUUCAGCCCCCCAAAAUGGAGACACCUGAAAAUACUGGCUAUUUGUUAAAAUGCUGGUUUGCAAGGACAGUAACCCCAACUAGAUAUAUUAUAUAAACAAAUAUAAAUACAUAAUAUAUAAACCAGUGCAUUAUAUAAACCAAUAUAAAUGUUGGUUUGUAAGGACAGAAGCUUAUUUUGAUGGUGGGAGGUUGACCUUACCCCAGGGUCAUGUGUCUGUGUGAAUGUAUAUCUCUCUAACGCUGUUUCCCUGCAGUUGUCCAAGUCUGCUCCUCACUCAUGCCUGUAGUAGAGAUUUCUCUAGCUCAAGCGGCAGAGACUUGUGCCUUAGGUCCUGGGUUCAGGGCCUAAUCUUGACGGGGUGGGGGGAAUAUUUCAUUGCUGUGGAGUGAAAGGCAAAGCACAGAAAUUGCUACAGUUGAUGCAAAUGGGAGGUCUGCUAGAGAUGACACUUUCUGGCUUGGGAUGUGAUCUCUGGAAUUCUUUUAGUGUCUUUCCUACGUAUAAAUAAAGGAGAUGAUGAAUUAAUUCAA